GACGACGCUAUCAGCGCGACAAUUUGCUCAGUAGAUCUUUAUUCGUGUGACAGACAUCAAGUUUAAUCCUUCAGCAUGCUACAUAUUAAAUGUAAAGACACUAACCUCGACCCCAUUCCGGUCAAGAUUGGUAUCAUUGGUGGCUCUGGUUUGGAUGAUCCGGAUAUUUUGGAGCAGCGCCAGGAAAAGGUCAUUGAGACUCCAUAUGGGGCACCAUCAGACGCGCUUAUCGAGGGCGCAAUCGGCGGUGUACAAUGUGUACUAUUGGCGCGUCACGGGCGCAAGCAUGACAUUAUGCCCUCCAAUGUUAACUAUCGCGCCAAUAUUUGGGCGCUGCGCCAGGUGGGCUGCACACAUCUUAUCGUAUCGACAGCUUGUGGUUCCCUUCGUGAAGCUAUACAGCCAGGCAAUCUGGUGGUGCCACAUGAUUUUAUAGAUCGCACCACAAAGCGCACGCAGACGUUCUAUGACGGCACCAAUGCUGCGGUAAAAGGCGUUUGCCACUUGCCCAUGUAUCCAGCAUUUUGCGAACGCACACGCAAGUCGUUGUUGGAUGCAGCUAAGGAGCUGGAGAUUGCGGCGCAUGAGAAAGCAACGAUAGUGACCAUUGAAGGACCACGUUUCUCGUCGCGCUCCGAGAGCAAUAUGUUCCGUCAAUGGGGUGGUGACCUCAUUAAUAUGACGACAUGCCCCGAAGUGGUGCUAGCCAAAGAGGCGGGAUUGUUGUACGGUUCGGUAGCCAUUGCCACCGACUACGAUUGCUGGCGCAUGGGCUGCGAGGGCGUCAAUGUGCAGGAUGUGCUCAAGACUUUCUCUGAAAAUGUGGUCAAGGUGAAAAAGAUAUUAGUCAAUGCCGUGGGGCGCAUUGCUAACGAGGAUUGGACAGAAGAAAUACUCAAUGCCAAGCAAUGCGUCUGCAACAAUACGAUGUCAGGUGCCAUGUGACGUCUUUUAAAGCUUUGCACGGAGAUUACCAAAGAUGCCAUACGGCGUAAAAAACCGCUUGGUUCUACGAGCUCAAAGCACCUUAGACACCGUACUCCAAAGCUUCAUUCCAUUUCUAUUGCCUUUGAUUUCGAACCCAGUACUCGUAGUCGAGCAUUUAACAUCAAAAAAGAGAGCCCUCCUGAAACUCAGAGUCAAACUCAAAUUUGAACUCUAGCAUUUACCAAAAAGUAAUAAGUAUACAUUUAGAAUGAAUUUAUAAAGCUUUGGCAUAGGAUGUUUGGAGCAUUAAAUAUCGUUUUCAGAAUUCCAAUA